AUGUCUGGCCCUGCUGCUCUCAACGACGACCCCUUCUCGGAGCCCGCUUUCCUCGCUGGCCUCGAGGCCGCUGGCUACCUUCAGCGUCUCGACACCUCCGAGGCUCGCAUCACCGCGCGCUUCCAGCACGCUCUCACCAAGAUGCAGUUCGCUGCGCACUCCGAGGAAUUUUGCGGGCGAGCCGGCAUCAAGAAGGUUCACCGCUCGACGGUCCAGUUCUUCAACGAGGACCCUGUCGCCGACCCGUUCAUCCAUAUCCAAGUCGCGACCUUGCCCCGUCCUCGCCAGGCCCUUGUCACCCCGAAGGGUUGCGAGACGUCUGGAUGGACGCCGAUCGGUAGCGAGGACGAGGCGGAUGGUACCGUCCACUACACCGUCUCUCACCCUGGCUUCUGGCCCGUCACCGUCGUCUUCGACGUCAACCAGUCGCACCUCUUCGACGAGGACAAGUACGCCUCGAUCCGCGCCGCCGACGACUCGGAGGGCUCGGACGCUGAGGACUACCUCGGACGCUACACUAGCGGCCGCGGCUCGACCUCGCGCUCGGGCGGCAUGAGCCGCUCGUACUCGGGCUACGAGGGCGGCGCCGGACGCAGCAGCAGCCGUCGCCGUGACGCCGCUGGCUUCUACGCCGACGAGGACGCGGGUUACUCGUCCCGCGGCGGAGGCGCUCGUCGCUCGUCGUCGCGCGCUGGAUCGCGCAGGGGCAGCAUGUACGCCGACGGUGCCGGCGCUGGCGUCGAGUCGAGCGACUCGGAGGUCGAGGACCGCUACUCGCGUCGCGGCGGCGGAGGCAUGGGCUCGUCGAGGAGGGCGAGCAUGAGCGCUCGCGAGCUCGACUCGGCCAUGGCCGACAUGCAGCUCGCUCGCUCGGCGUCGCGCGCCUCGAGGGCUCGCUCGGAGAGGCGCGACUCCUACCGCAGCGGCGCGGGAUACUGA